AUGGCAAGAGAUCAAUAUCAAGACACAGACGAAAACGACUACACGUCGAGCCGAGAAACAAAGAAAGACUCGGCAGCCAGAUCCAGAAGGAAAGAUCUCGGAAUCUCGUGCAUGCUGAACACCGAAUUGGGCGCUGUUAUGGCAGUGAUCCGUCGUCCUCCUCUCGAUCCAACUUCCCAAUUCUUCGUUCCUGAGGAGAAUGUCGAUCCCACGAUCCUACAAUCCUUGAAAUCGCUUCGAGCACUCCUCUUCAAUACCCAACAAGAAUGGCGUACGGUCGAUCCCUCUAUCUAUCUCACCCCAUUCCUCCAAGUGAUUCAAGGCGAUGACAUCCCAGCCGCCGCCACAGGUAUCGCUCUUUCCGCCAUUUUGAAAGUGCUUACGCUCGAAAUCUUCGACGAGAAGACCCCGGGAGUGAAAGAAGGUAUCAAUUCCAUUGUUAUUGGGAUCACGACCUGUCGGUUAGAGAAGAUUGAUUCGACUUCUGAGGAUGCCGUUAUGCUGAAAAUCUUACAGGUUCUUACCGGUGUUAUGAAGCACCGCACCUCGGUUUUGCUCACCGAUCACGCUGUCUGCACUGUCGUCAACACGUGCUUUCAGGUGGUGCAGCAAUCAGCGAGCAGAGGGGAUUUGCUUCAGCGCAGUGCGCGGUACACAAUGCAUGAACUAAUCCAGAUUAUAUUCUCCCGACUGCCCGAGAUUGAGGUUAAGCAAGGGGAGGAUUCAGAGUCUGAGUCGGAUGGCCACGAUGUUGACGUUGGUGGCAAUUUGGAUUCCGGGUAUGGCGUUCGAUGUGCAGUCGAUAUCUUUCACUUCUUGUGCUCUCUGCUAAAUGUAGUUCAAGUGGUGGAGACAGAGAGUUCUAGUUUUCAAGCUGCGGACGAAGAUGUGCAGCUUUUUGCUUUGGUUUUGAUCAACUCCGCAAUAGAAUGGAGCGGAGAUGAAAUCGGGAGGCACCCCAAGCUUUUGAGGAUGAUCAGGGAUGACCUAUUUCACCAUUUAAUCCAUUACGGAAUACGAUCAAGCCCUCUUGUUUUGUCCAUGAUUUGCAGCACUGUUUUGAACAUCUACCACUUUCUUCGCAGGUUUAUCCGUCUCCAACUGGAAGCCUUUUUUGUCUAUGUAUUGCUUAGAGUUGCCGCUCUUGGAAGCCCAUUGCCACUCCAAGAAGUUGCACUUGAAGGAAUUAUAAAUUUCUGCAGGCAACCAACGUUUAUAAUUGAAGCCUUUGUGAACUAUGAUUGUGAUCCCCUUUGUCGAAGCAUAUUUGAGGACACCGGGAAGCUACUUUGCAAGAACACGUUUCCGGUAGCUAGCCCUGCGACUGCUUCACAGGUACAAGCCUUCGAAGGAUUAGCAACCAUGAUUCACAACAUUGCGGAUAAUAUUGAUAGAGAAGAUGAUUUGAGCCCUUUUGAUCCGUACCCAGCUGAGAUCACAGAGUAUAGACCCUUUUGGGAGGAGAAAUCCCAAGAUCAUGAACUCGAGUCUUGGGUGGAAUUUGUAAGGGUAAGGAAAGCACAGAAAAAGAAAAUAUUGAUUGCAGCAAACCAUUUCAACAGAGAUGAAAAGAAGGGAUUGGAUUACCUUAAACUAUCCAAGUUGGUUUCUGAUCCCCCAGAUCCCAAAGCCCAUGCUUUCUUCUUCCGCUAUGCUCCUGGACUAGACAAGAACAUGAUUGGGGAUUAUCUUGGCGACCCCGAUCAGUUUCACGUUCUCGUUCUUAAGGAAUUCACGGAUACCUUCAAUUUUUCAGGCAUGAUUCUUGACACUGCUCUACGAACGUUUCUAGAGACUUUCCGAUUGCCAGGAGAGUCCCAAAAGAUACAGCGGAUUCUAGAAUCAUUCUCAGAGAAAUUUUAUGAUCAACAAUCCACAGAUACUUUUGCAACCAAGGAUGCAGUCUUUAUUCUUUGCUACUCCCUUAUUAUGCUCAACACUGAUCAACACAAUCCGCAGGUAAGGAAGAAGAUGACAGAAGAGGAGUUCAUCAGGAACAAUAGAGCAAUCAAUGGAGGGCAGGAUCUUCCUCGGGAGUACCUUUCCGAGCUUUUUUGUUCUAUUUCAAACAAUGCUAUCACCCUUUUUGGUCAGCCUGGCGUGCAAGUAGAUAUGAAUCCAAGCAGAUGGAUUGAGCUGAUGAAUCGAUCCAACUAUACACAACCCUUGGUACUAAGUAAUUUUGAUCGUCGGCUGGGAAGAGACAUGUUUGCUUGCAUUGCUGGGCCAUCGGUUGCUUCUCUCUCUGCAUUCUUUGAACAUACUGACGAAGAAGAAUUCCUACAUGAAUGCGUUGAAGUGCUGUUCUCAAUUGCCAGGAUAGCACAGUAUGGAUUGGAAGACACUCUAGAUGAGCUCCUCGCCUCUUUCUGCAAAUACACUACACUGCUAAAUCCUUAUGCCUCUGCGGAAGAAACCUUAUUUGUAUUCAGCAAUGAUAUGAAGCCAAAAAUGGCCACACUAGCUGUUUUCACCAUUGCCAAUAACUUCGGGGAAUCAAUUCGUGGGGGAUGGGGAAAUAUUGUGGACUGCUUAUUGAAACUUAAAAGGCUAAAACUACUUCCCCAAUCUGUCAUUGAAUUUGAUACUGCUUCCCCCUCUUCAUCUGACAUCCCAAAAGAAUCUGAAUCAGCCAUAAUCUUCCCUGCUCGCAAUCCUAAAUUUGGUAGCCGCCAGGCUUCUAGCACAAUUAGUCGGUUUUCACAUUUUCUAUCUCUAGACAGUACGGAAGACUCUCUGUCCUUAAACAUGAGUGAAUUUGAACAGAAUUUGAAGAUCAUUAAACAGUGCCAUAUCGGGAAUAUCUUCAGCAAUAGUUCAAACUUACCUGAUGAAGCUUUAUUCAACCUUGGCCGCUCUCUAAUAUUUGCAGCUGCUGGAAAAGGACAAAAGUUCAGCACCCCCAUUGAAGAAGAAGAAACAGUUGGAUUCUGUUGGGAUUUGGUGAUUGCCAUUGCUUUGGCCAAUAUUCAAAGGUUCCAGGAAUUUUGGCCUAAUUUUCAUGAUUAUAUGCUAGCAGUCACUCAGUUUCCUAUGUUCUCCCCCAUUCCAUUCGCAGAGAAGGCCAUUAUAUGCCUUUCCAAGGUAUGUCUUAAGCUCCUAAGUACGUAUCGACAUGAGAAGUUCCCAGAGGAGCUCAUUUUCAAGUCCAUCAAUUUAAUGUGGAAGCUGGACAAAGAAAUCCUGGACUCAUGUUGUGAGUUGAUAACACAAUCAGCGAGCAAGAUUCUUAUAGAGUAUCCUGCAAAUUUGCAAACCCAAUUGGGAUGGAAGUCGGUGCUUCAUUUGCUAUCAGUCACUGGGCGGCACCCAGAAACCUAUGAUCAGGGAGUUGAGACAUUGAUCAUGUUGUUGUCAGACGGGACCCAUGUUUCCCGGAUAAACUAUGCUUACUGUAUAGAUUGUGCAUUUGGUUUUAUUGCACUCAAGAAUAGUCCAUUGGAUAAGAAUUUGAAGAUUUUGGACCUAAUGGCGGAUUCUGUGAAUUUGUUGAUCCAAUGGUAUAGGAAUCAAUUCUCAGAAUCAGGGAACAGUUUUAGUGUUGCGAGCAAUACAAGUAACUCCUCUAUGGAGGACAAUUCAAAAGGUAUUGGCUCUUUAAACUUUGCCAUGAAUUUAUUUCUUAAACUUGGGGAAGCAUUUCGAAAGACCAGCUUAGCCCGGCGAGAAGAGAUGAGAAACCAUGCAAUCCUAUCUCUUAAAAGAAGCUUCACACUAGCUGAGGAAUUGGAUCUCACUUCAACCAACUGUAUUAACUGUUUUAACCUUGUCCUCUUUGCAAUGGUUGAUGAUUUACAUGAAAAGAUGCUGGAAUACUCAAGAAGGGAGAACUCAGAGAGGGAGAUGAGAAGUAUGGAAGGGACCCUAAAGAUUUCAAUGGAGCUCUUGACCGAUGUGUACUUGCAGUUCUUGAAACAGAUAUCAGCGAGUCCCGGGUUUCGGACAUUCUGGUUAGGGGUGUUAAGAAGAAUGGAUACGUGUAUGAAAGCUGAUUUGGGAGAGUUUGGUAAAUCAACAGUUCAAGAGCUAAUUCCCGACCUUUUGAGAAAGAUGAUCACACAGAUGAAGGAAAAGGAGAUUUUAGUGCGGAAGGAAGGUGAGGAUCUCUGGGAGAUUACCUAUAUUCAGAUACAAUGGAUAGCUCCUUCACUCAAGGACGAACUAUUUCCUGAAGAAAUCUUUUAG